AUGAAAACUUUGAUUGCUAUUGCUCUUUUAUUAGCUGUUGCCUCUUGCCAAGUCUAUCCUUUCAAUGUUGGAAGCGAAUGCUCUACUGCUAAAUGCCCUAGAAGUUAUUGGACUGUAGGAAAUGCUGACUAAAGCUACACUUGCCCUUUAUCUGGAAAAUCUACUGCUGCUUUCUCAUUAUAAGGAGGUUAAUACUUUUUUAAUUUCACAGCUUACAACUUCAUGUCUACUGAUGUUAAAGUUUCUAUUCCUCUCACUUAUGUUCCUAAACCCUCUUAAAAUGGUGUUCAGUAUUUCUCAAACUUGAAGUCUAACGAAUAGUUCGCUAUCAUGAACUGUACUAUUGCUGGUACCACAGCUUACUCUAGCCUUUGCAACAAAUAUCCUUUAGUUGGUAUUAAAGUUAUUAAGGAUAUUUUUGAAACUUCUUGUGCAUUUGGUUUGAGUCCCUCUGCCAGAUCAUUCUUACAAUAAGCAGGAGACUUUGAAUUUGAAGCUAACUACUGA